AUGUCGGAAGAUCAUUCUCAAACAGAAGAUAUUACCCUUCAUGACACAUCAAUACCAAUAUUAGAGAGCAGGGCUAAGUCUCCAUUAAUCGAGUGUAUACCAACAUCCACGUUCAAGUUAAAAUUGAAAUAUGAGGGUUACUUUCGGCUGACGAAGAAUAGUUGUAGGCAAAUAUAUUGUUUUGGCUCUCAAAAAUGUAUCCACAUAGACACAUUUUUAUACAAGUUAAGUCAACUACAUGAAGAAGUGGUAAAGCGUUAUUCAUCAAAGAACAAACCAAAAUUUUCUAUUCUUUAUGUUGACAAGUAUGCACUAGAAAAAUUCCUUAUUGAGCUUGAUUCUGAUGAAAAGUUCAUGGCUAUGCUUGGCAUGUAUGGAAGCGAGAAACAAGUAACCAUUUAUGUGACAACAGAGAAUAACCUUGGCACCAAUAACCAUACUAACCAUUUGUGCGCCAAUAGAGAUGAACCACACGAUGAGUAUGAUGCAGACCUUUGUCCUAGUGAAGAAAGCUAUCACAGUCAUCUCAGUUCUGAUAAUGAAGACGGUAUAAUGAAUGAUGAUGAUGAAGUUUACUCAUUUAGUAAGAAUAGUACAAGCAUGGAAGUCGACUCAAAAUUUGAAAAUGUGGUUGACUUUAGGAGAGCUUUGAACCACUUUGCAGUCACAAAUGAAUUUAACUACUAUAUUCAGAAAAGUAACCCGACACGAUUCACAGCAAGGUGUGAAAACCUAGAGUGCAAGUGGAGAAUUCAUGCUUCUAUUACACAAGAUGAAGUUACCUUUGAAGUUAAGAAAAUGGUAGAAGUACAUACUUGCACUCGCAGCAACAAGGGUGGCAAUAAGCAUGCUACACAAUGA